AUGAGAGAGCAUCAAAGAGAUACUGAAAAUGUAAAUGAGGGAGAUGGUGUGAGAGAGCUAGUUAUAGAUAAUGGGAAGAGACUAGAAGCUGCUGCUAGUGAUCAAGCUCCUGAUGAUAAUGAUUGGGCUGAAAAAGCUCUAGAUGAUGAUGACACUAGGAGCAUUAAUAGUUUUGAGGAUAAGGAUGAAAUGGUGAGAUGUCUAGAGUUUAAUGAGAAGACUAGCAUGAGUAACCCUCAGUUAUGCAAGGGUAUGAAGUUCCCAAAUGGGAAGGUGUUUAGGGCUGCCUUGAAGGAAUAUGCAGUGAAAAAGCCUGUGAACAUUAAGUUCAAGCUUAAUGAAAAGACCAAAGUUUUCGUCCACUGCAAGUAUGAAUGUGGUUGGAGGGUAUAUGCAUCACAGAUUUCAGGGAAGUUAACCUUCCAAAUAAAGACCAUGGUUCCAACUUGUACAUGUGGGAGGACAUUCAAGCAUAGCCAGGUCACUUCUACAUAUGUGGCUAGGAAGUACUUGGAUGAUUUCAACAAAGACCCUAAUUGGGCAAUUUCUAGUGUGAAGUAUCGAGUUAUGCAGGAUGUGUCUGUGGACUUAAGCAUAAAUCAAGUGUACAGAGCUAAGAGGAAAGCUAGAGAGUUCAUACUAGGUGAUGAGAGGUUGCAGUAUGGGAAGCUUAGGGACUAUGUAGAAAUGAUAAGAGUAACUGAUGUGGGGAGUAAGGUGAUUCUGCACACUGAAAUUACUGAGCCUAACACACAACCCAUGUUCAAGAGGAUAUAUGUGAGAUACAAUGCACAGAAAGUUGGAUUCUUAGAGGGGUAUGAUAUUGGGAGGCCAAAUGAGUUAAAUCUGGUGUUCAUUUCAGAUAGGCAGAAGGCAGAUGGGUUGAUACUUGCCAUAGAGAUGUUGUUCCCAACAGUUGAACAUAGAUUUUGUGUGAAGCAUAUUUACAACAACUUUAAGUUAAACUUCAAGGGUUUAGAAUUGAAGGCUGCAUUAUGGAGGUGUGAUACAACAACAACAGUUAGGGAAUUUGAGAAGAGAAUGCAAGAUAUGAAGGAAUUAGACAAAGAAGCAUGGGAGUAUCUAGCAGACAUCCAACCAACCCAAUGGACCAAGUUACAUUUCACUCUAAGGACCAUCUCUAAUUGUUAUGUGAACAAUCUUAAUGAGUCAUUUAAUUCUUUGAUACUAGAAGCUAGGGAUAAGCCUAUCAUUACCAUGCUAAAGUGGAUUAGGGUUAGGUUGAUGACUAAAAUGUACAGUUGCUAUAUAUAUGAUAUUGAUAAUGAGUAUGAGAGGCCUGUAGUUAACCUUACAAGAAAGUGUUGUACUUGUAGAGUUUGGGAUUUGACAAGAAUCCCAUGUAAACAUGGUGUUGCAGCAAUCUAUAAGAACCUGGAAAGGCCUGAGGAUUAUGUGCAUGCAUGCUAUAGAAAUGAUGCCUAUGUGGCUGUACAUAAGGAGAUGAUUACCCCACUGCUUGGCCAAGAUGAAUGGGUUGAAACCAACCAACCUGCCCCUAUUGCUCCAAUUGUGUAA